UCCUUUUUUAUUCUAUUUUCAUUUCAGUGAAGGACAAGAAAAAAAUUUUAAAAAAAAAAAAGAACCCUCUGCAGCCAUGGCUGAGCAUCACCAGCAAUUGCGCCGAACUGAUGACAUGAAGAAUUUCUUCCAUGAAAAUGGACCCUCAACAUCAAAAGUUCUUAUGGUUGCCACCCUCCUUCCUGUUGGUGGCAUCCUCCUCUUGCUUGCUGGUUUGAGCCUUAUUGGAUCCCUCAUAGGUCUUGCUAUUGCCGCCCCACUUUUCCUUAUUUUCAGCCCUGUUUUGGUACCUGCUGCUUUUCUCAUUGCGGGUUCCAUAGCCGGAUUCUUGACCUCCGGAGCAUUUGGGAUCACUGGACUGUCAUCGCUGUCGUGGAUUGCUACUUAUAUUCGUGGAAGCAGGGGCUAUAUGUCUCAGGGGCUAGACCCAGUGAAGUGGCCCUUGCCGGACACGGCAGUGAGUAUGGAGCAGAAGAUCCAGAAUAGGAGCCAAGGAGGAGGAAGGAUCUCUGAGGGAGGCAGAGAACAGGAAGGUGGCAAGAGUACGACACAAGAAGGUGGCAAGAGUACGACACAAGAAGGUGGCAAGAGUAAGACACAAGAAGGUAGUAAGAAUAGGACACAAGAAGGUGGAAACAAGACUGUGGGUUGAAGUUUCCUAUUGUAGCAGUCGGCUGAUAUGCUAGAAAGUAAUCUAUCAAUUUUGUUGCUCUGUUCUGCUUCUAUGCUUAUGUCCUUGUGCUGCUCUAUGUGGUUGUAUAUUGUAACUUGUAAGCAGCUCUCUGUAUUCAAAUAAAUUCCUGGUCAUUUUCUUUUCGUUUUCAA